UGUUUUGAUAUCACGUGUGACUUGUAGACGUAGUAAUGCGAUGCGUUGGUUCUUUAAGACGUGAUGUGUAUACGGAAGUUGAAGCGGUAGGUGUGCAACGUAUGAGUUGUGGGCGUUUUGUUUCUUGCGAACGGGUUUGGGGUUGUCAGGCUUGUGAUCAAAUUUGGGUUUGUAAAGUGCUUGAUGGAGUUGGAAAGAGAAAGAAGGAAACAAACAAAGAAAGAAAGAGCGAUCUGAGGGAGAGAAGGAGGGGAGGGCGGGCCUUCACCGCUGUCCAACUCGCCGCGCCUCGCCGCCAGUGCCGUCAUUGUCACCAUCGAUGGAGGAGAAAGGGGAGAGCGCUCGCGAGGAGCUGCUGCAGAAGCCACCGCCGAUCAUCCUUGCACCGCGUCAGAGACAGAACUGCGAACUGGAGGGAGUGCGACCCACAGCCACCAACAGAGAAGAAAGAGCGCGCGGGAAUGGUGAAGCCGCCGCUGUCACCGUCGCGUGUGGAGCUGCCGCCGCGUUUGACCUCUGUUGCUGUUGCACUUCGACCGCCGCCGUUCUUGCCGCUGUCGAGCCGCGUCGGAAGGAAAACGCCGCCGCCGUGUGCUGUUAGAACUUCUGGAGCCGCGUUGAAGCUCGCUGCGAGAAGAGGAAAAGACUAGGGCUAGCGCCAUUAUGCUUGGUAAGGACCUGCAGCAGCUGCUGCUCCUGCUCUGUUCUGCUUUAUUCUGCCCUCUGUGUAAUGGUUAUACUUGGUGCCAUUCUGUCCGCUAGAGCUGUUGCCAUCGAUUUGGAGUUGCUGCAGAAUGGGGCCACUAGGAGAGUAGUGCUGCUGCUAAACCACAGGCUCUGCGGCCGAGACUCUGCCGCCGAAGAACACUCUUCCGGUAAGGGUUUUAAUUGAGGUUUUUGCCUUUUUGGAAUUCGUGAAGGUUUUAAUGCUGCGUGGUUUUUCUAGUUGAUCCACCAGAGCUUCUGGCCGCCGUCGGAGCUGUUGUCGGGGUCGGUUCAAAAUUGCAGCUGCCUCAUUGUGUUAUUCGUGUUGCUAUGGUUGUUGCGAAUGUGGCUUGAAGCUGAGGUUGCGGUUGUUGUUGAUUUCGGGUUGAGGCGGAGAGGACUCUGUAACGCAUUUGAGUUAUGGAUUUGCGUUCUGAGGUAGGGGCGC